AUGAGUGAUUCGGAUCAGCAUGUUCUGAAGAGAAGAAGAAUUAAGGAGAAAGUUCCGUUUCAACCUGGGUUUUUAAGAACAAUUAAAGUAUGGAAUUUUACAACUUAUUCAUACACAGAAUUUGUUUUAUCACCAACACUUAAUAUGAUCAUUGGACCAAAUGGUAGUGGUAAAUCAACUUUAGUUGCAGCUAUAUGUCUUGGUUUAGCAGGUAAUAUUAAUUUAAUUAAACGUAAAAACCUAAAAUCAAUGAUAAAAACAGGUCACGAUAGAGCAGUAAUUGAAAUAACAAUUGAGAAUUUUGAAGGUUCACCGCCAAUUACAAUUAAGAGAGAUUUUUCAGCAAAAGAUAGUUUAUGGACAAUGAAUAAUAGAAAAUGUACUGAGACUGCAGUAAAAGAAUUAAGAGCAAAACUUAAUAUUCAAUUAGAUAAUCUUUGUCAUUUUUUACCUCAAGAAAGAGUUGCAGAAUUUGCGGGUUUAUCACCAGAAAAAUUAUUAAUGGAAACUGAAAGAACCUUAAAAGAUGGUCAUUUGAAAACAUUACACGAAGACUUAAUUGAUAAAGAUGAAAAAUCUCAGAAUUUGGGUGUAAAAGUUAGUGAAUUAAAACAAAAAUUAAUACAAUUACAUAGUGAUAAAGAAAAAUUAGAAGAAGAAGCUAGGAAAUUAGAAGAAUAUGAAAGAAAAGCAGCAGAAAUUGAAAAUCAUAGAUUAUUAGUUCCAUUUGCUAAAUUUUAUGAUUUAAGAAAUCAAAGAACUCAUUUAAAAGAACAAAGAGAUCAAGCAAGAGCUAGAUUACAAUCAUUUGAUAAAAAUUUUGAUCCUUUAAGAAAAGAUUUAUCUACUUUGGACAUUGUAUUGGAUAAACAAUUUGAAAAACAAAGUAGUAUUAAUCGAGAACGUGACACAAUUAAAUCCAAAAUUCAAAAAUUAUCUGCUGAAUUGACUGCUAAACAAGGUGAAAUUGUAAAGCUCUUAUCACAAGUUGAAGGAUAUAAAAAUAAAGCAGAACAAAAGAAGAAAGAGUUAGAUUUAGUCAAGGAAGAAUAUGAACUUUUAAAGAGUCAACGUGAAAGUACUGAAGAAAUUGAUAAUUCUCAACUUGAACAAUUAAAUGAUAAAUAUCAUGAAAAAAGAAAUGAGUCAAGACAAUUAGAAGAGUCAUUACUGGGCCUCAAUGACAAAAUGUCUGAUUUAAAAUCUGAUUUGGGUGAAUUAGACCACAAAGUUAAAAGGCUUGAACAUAGUUUACAUGGAACUGAUAAAUUGGAAUUAUUACAAUCAUCCGCACGUAAUGGUAGACCUUAUAGACUUCGUGAUGAUUCAUAUAGAACACACCAGAAAUUAAGAACAUCGGAACAGUUUGAUGGUCACUAUUUUGAAGCACCGGUUAUAUCCUGUAAUGUGAAGGAUAAAUCAAUGGCUCCUGCAAUAGAAAAAGUUAUAGAUAAUAACACCCUUUUUGCAAUAACUGUUACCAAUGGAGACGAUUCGAAAAUGAUGAAUAAAUUUGCUAAAAGUAUAAAUAUAAAUUUUCCAACUAGAGAACAAAAAAAUACUGUAUUACCAAGAUCUGAUAAGGGCAAAGAUGUAUUACAAAAUUAUGGUUUUGAAGGUUAUUUGUCAGAUUACAUAACCGGUCCAAAUGAAGUGUUGUGUAUGCUUUAUAACAAUACCAAACUUCAUCAAAUACCCAUUAGCAGAAAACCCUUAAGUACAGAUCAAAUAAAUAGAAUAAAAUCACCGCCAGAUGGAAGAAUUCAUUUCAAGAAAUUUAUCGCAGGGGAUACAUUAUUUAGUGUUAAGCAAUCCAAUUAUGGUUCAAGGCAAAUCAGUCUUGUAACUGAACAUGUUGGAAGAGCCCAAUUUUUCACUGUAUCUGGUAUUUCAGAAGAAGAAAAAUUAAGAUUAAGCAACAAAAUUAACGAAUAUAAAUCUACAAUGGAAAGUAAAAGAGAAGAGUAUCAAGGUCAUAAAAGUGAAGCCAACAAAUUAUUAAAUUCAAGACAAGAACUUAAAAUCGAGAUGAGUGCGAUUAAAGAUCAUCAACUUCGAUUACAAGAAAUUAUUAAAACCGUUACUGCCUUAGAUGCCAAAAUCAGUUCAAGAAAAGAAAAAAUUGAUAAAUUAGAAAGAGAGUCAAAUAAAGAUUAUAGUUCAAGAAUUAAACAGUACGAACAAAAAAUAGCUGAAGAGUAUAAUAAUUAUUCAACAACAUCAAAUGAAUUGGGUGAAUUAUUCGUAGAAUAUUCAACAAGUCAAAUAGAAUCUAAAUUUGUGGAUUUUGAAACUAUCACAAUCAAAAAUAGAAAAUUAUCCGCUGAAACAUUAGUGAAAGAAUUAAGAAGCAUUGAAAAUGAUUUAAAAGAAGAUUAUAAAAAGUAUAAAGCAGAGUAUGAUAGAAUAAAAGAUUCUGCUGAAUAUAGAGAGUUUAAAGAAAAAAAUGAUUCCUUAAGCGAAGAAGACAAAGAAUUAUUAAAAGAUUUAGCAACUCCAUUUAUGGAAGCUGGAAACUUUACUGAGAAAACUAUAAGAAUUAAAAUUUCACAUUUAGAGGAUGAACUAUCAUUAUUAUCAACUGCCGAUAGAGGCUCCAUACAGUCAUUAAGAUCCAAAUUACAAGAUAUUGAAAAAGCAGAAACUGAUUUGCCAAGAUUCGAAAACGAUAAACAUAACUUAGAUGAACGCAUUAAAACUAUUUCAACACAAUGGGAAACCGAGCUUGAAGAAUUUAUUCAUCAAAUUUCAUUGUCUUUUAGUAAAAGAUUUUCAAAAGUUGCAAGUGAAGGUAGAGUCGAAUUAGCUAAAAGUGAAAGAUUUAAAGAUUAUAAAUUACAAAUAUUGGUUAAAUUCAGACAAGAAUCUGAAUUAAAAAUUUUAGAUAAUCAAUCUCAAUCUGGUGGUGAAAGAGCGGUUUCAACUAUUUUUUAUAUAAUGGCAUUACAAGGAUUAUCUGAUGCACCUUUCAGAAUAGUUGAUGAAAUUAAUCAAGGUAUGGAUCCUAAGAAUGAACAAAUGGCUCAUAGAUAUUUAGUUCAUACUGCUUGUGAAAAUAAUAAAUCUCAAUAUUUUUUGGUUACUCCAAAAUUAUUAACAGGAUUAUAUUAUCAUCCAGAUAUGGUUGUACAUUGUAUAUUUACAGGUCCAUUAAUUGAAGAAAAUGAUGAUAAAUCGAAUACUGGAUUUUUAGAUUUUGUUCAAAAAUUAGUUACAGUUUAG